UGCACGUUUGAGUGAUCUUGACGGACUUCAUCCUGGAUUGGGAAUCUAACCAUUGGAUUCAGCCAUCGACUUGUUGUUCCAUAGGUCUAGCGCAGAGGGGGACAAAGCAAAGGUGGCUCGUUCUCUUAUAAUUUGCAUUUUGAUGAUUUCAGAGGCAGUGAGGUUUCGAUAUGUGGAGCAACAAGUAACCCAAACCAUUAGACCCCAAAGCCAAGGAACCAUUGUCCCAAAUGGUGCUGUGGUCCGCCUCGUGCGGCGUUGGAAGCGCCUCUCUAAAUCCAUUCAACAGUCUGACGAAGAUGGGUCCUUUCCAGAAGUUGAUUUACAGAGAGCUGAUUAUACACAUUUCACAGUGAGCAAUGUGAUGCCUGAUGUAGUUGCCACCAUUGGAAUCAUGUUGUACAUUUGUGAAAAACCACCAACAAUUCAAUCUUCCCUUCUCAUAAGGCCUGUUGUGGAUGCAUAUAAUGAUCAAACUUGCACAGAAGAAGAGCUCACGGUGCGCAUCGAGGGUCGAAAUGGGUUGUGCGCAGACGUGAAGGGUGGGUUUUUCAACAAUGGCGACCCAAUAAUUUUGUGGCCAUGUAAAUCCAAUGCAGAUGAGAAUCAAUUGUGGACCAUGAAAAAAGACGGGACUAUUCAAUCUAAAGGCAAGUGCUUGACUACAUAUGGGUAUAGUGCAGGAAAUUAUGUCAUGAUAUACGAUUGUGCUAGUGCCGUAACUGAAUCUACCCAUUGGGAAAUUUGGACCAAUGGAACCAUCAUAAAUCCCAAAUCGUCACUUGUUUUAAGUGCAGAAUCAGGAAAUAGUGAUACUACGCUCACUGUGCAGGUCAAUAAUUAUUCCUCUCGUCAAGGUUGGCUCGCGACCAAUGAUUCAAAUCCUUUUGUAAGGACCAUUGUUGGGUUUCAAGAUCUUUGCAUGCAAGCAAAUGGGAAUGCAGUGUGGUUAGAGGAAUGUGUGGACCAAAAGGCCGAACAACAAUGGGCCCUCUAUCCGGAUCGCUCUAUAAGGCCUAAUCAAAAUCGAGACCUUUGCAUUUCUUACUAUGAAAAUCAAAGUGAAGAUCUCACUAUCGUCAGUAUUGCAAGUUGUAGUUCCACGUCAUCUCUUGAACGAUGGAUAUUUGGAAAUGAUGGCACUAUUUUGAACCUAUAUCUCGGAUUGGUGAUGGAUGUGAGAAGGUCUGAUCCAAGUCUCCACCAAAUAAUUAUGUACCCAUCCACAGGAAAUCUUAACCAAAAGUGGUUUCCAAUAUUUUGA